CCUCACAGUGCAAAGCUAACUGAAAGCUAAGUAGCAUAGCUUAGCGCAUGAUGCCCAUGAAGAAAAAGACAAGGCUCAGCUCAGUUGCUGAUAUUUUAUUUUUUCUAAGCAUACUUUGAAGCUGUAGAGUGAUUCGUCGUCGCGUAGACUGUAAGCACUGACAGGCGGCAUGGCAGAGUCAUCGCCGUUAUCUGGAGUCAAUGUUGUUUUGGUUAUGGCCUAUGGAAGCUUGGUGUUUGUAUUGCUGUUUAUAUUCGUCAAAAGGCAGAUCAUGCGUUUUGCAAUGAGAUCCCGCCGAGGGCCCCAUGUACCUAUUGGCCACAAUGCACCAAAGGGUCUGAGGGAGGAGAUUGAGUCCAGACUGUCCAAAGUUCAUGAGAUACGUUAUGAACCUCGGCUCCUGUCAGAAGAAGACGACAGACUGAAGCGGGCAUCACAGAUAAGUUGCUACAACUACCUGUACAGGAUGAAAGCUCUGGAUGCAAUCCGUGACUCAGGAAUUCCUUUGCAGGAGAUAAGUGGGAGCCCCAGCGCAUUUACUGGACGCAGCUUCAGGAACUGGCUAGUUGAGCUGCGCAACUCCCACUCUCUGAUAAAGAGCAGCCGCAGUGCACUUAUUGACCGUUUGCUUGAAGGCUACGACAGCGCUCGUCAUGGGACUGGGGUGUUUGGGGAACCCGAGUUUCUUGAAUAUCAGCAAGCUCUAAACGAACUGGCUGACGUUGUGAAGGCGUAUUCCAGCACCACCAGCCUCGACCAGCAUCACCAGUCCGCAGCCAAGGACCUGACAGGCUCUCCUGUCCGCAGCACUCCCUCCACCAUCCAGGUCACCUACCUGCCUUCAACCGGCCAGCGCAGCAAGAGGCCCAAACACUUUCUGGAGCUCAAAAGUUUCAAAGACAACUACAACACACUGGAGAGCACGCUGUGAUGCACUGACUGUCAGAGGAUGGUUGUAUGGUGUGCGGUCAGUCUACUGGGAAACAAAAAGUUGUCGCAGACUGACUGGUUGGCUUUAAAAAUGAGCUUUAAAACAUCAAACUUAAAAUAAGCUCAGAAUGGACAGCGAGAGACAUGUCAUCCUCUAUAUUUUUGAUCUAAAAAAUGAUGCAGUUGUUAAAGUCUUGCUGUCACAGGAUGGUUUUUUUCCCCUUUUCUGUAUGUGUGUGUUUGCUGUUUAAUGUGUGCAGAGGAAAACACAAUUGUUGCCAACCCGGAAAAAAUUUCAUUUCAUUUUUGUAAAAGCAACAAGUCAACUGAAUUUAUUAUUUUUUCUUGAGAGUUGAAAUUGUAAAUACAAAUGUUUGA